AUGAGUUGGUCAGGCUUCAAGAAGUCUAUGAAUCGCGCGGGGACAUCGCUCCUCCAGAAGACAGGACAAAUCGAACGCACUGUAGACAGGGACUUCGCUGACGAGGAAACCAAGUACAAGACCUUUGAGAAGGAGUGUCAACAACUCCUGAAAGAUAGCAAGGGAUACCUAGAUGCUAUGCGAGCGAUGACCUCCGCUCAGAGUAGACUGGCGGAGACUAUUGAUGUCUUCUACGGUGCUGCGGAUCAUAAUUCGGAGGGCGCCAUGGCUGCGCAUGCAUACAAGCGUGCCGUGGACGAUCUCGAUACCGGUGUUGGAAGGGAACUGGAUGCACCUUAUCGAACCACCGUGAUGGAACCCCUUGGCAAAAUGAAUGCUUAUUUCCCUGUUGUCAACGAACACAUAUCGAAACGCAACAAGAAGCUGUUGGAUUAUGAUUCUGCACGCAGUAAGAUGAACAAGCUAAUUGCCAAGCCGAGUGAAGACCCCACUAAACUCCCAAAGGCUCAACAGGAACAUGACGAUGCAAAGGAAGUCUUCGACAUGCUUAAUGAACAGUUGAUUGCGGAACUGCCGCAAUUGCUCGAUCUGCGCAUCCCCUUUUUCGAUCCGAGUUUUGAAGCGAUGAUUCGAAUGCAAUGCAAGUUCGCCGAGGAGGGGUACGAGAAGCUCGGCGGCGUUCAGAGGUAUUUCGCGGAUAAUGUGCGAGAUGAUUACGCCGCUGGACAGUUAGACGCGCAAGUAGAGGGUGUCUUACAAGAGAUGAAGGAGUUGACCAUCUGCGGCGCGAGUUGA